AUGCCUGCUCUUGGAGAUUCGGCCAGCGCAUCUGGGCUAUUUUCAUUUCUCAAUAAAAGACAAUUCGGUGAUUGUCCUUCGGGCGCGCCAUUUGAAGUCAGUUCCGCACCUGGUUCUGAUUUCCCAGAUGAAGAGCAUUUUGCUAAUCAUAACAGUGCGGUGGCUUCACCUGCUGUUAUAACGGCUUCUCAACCUGCUGCGACACAAAGUGCUUCUGCCCAAAUGGGAAAUGCACCUACGCCGAUGGAGAAUGCUGUGUUGGCGGUCAUACCUGUGGAGGCACCAACGAAUCGGGGUUUAACAGCAAUGACACUUGCUGCGGAGAUCAUUGUUGUUAUUUUGGUGAUAAGUGCUGCGGAACCACCUGCUGCGAUGAACAAGAGCAAUGCUGUGGGGGGGUUUGCUGUCCGAUGA